UGAACCAGGUCACUCUCCCACAGAAGCUGCAAGAAGCCGGCUACUCUACCCACAUGGUUGGCAAAUGGCAUUUAGGCUUUUAUCGUAAAGAAUGCUUGCCAACUCGCAGGGGCUUCGAUACCUUCCUGGGCUCACUGACAGGAAAUGUGGAUUAUUAUACAUAUGACAACUGUGACGGGCCAGGAAUAUGCGGGUACGACCUUCAUGAUGGGGAAAAUGUAGCCUGGGAAAAAAGUGGCAAGUAUUCCACGUUCCUUUACACCCAGCGAGUCAGAAAAAUUUUGGCAACCCACAACCCCAAGGAGCCUCUCUUCAUCUACAUAGCAUUCCAGGCAGUGCAUACCCCUUUGCAGUCCCCAAAGGAAUACAUCUAUCGCUAUCGCUCCAUGGGCAAUGUUGCCCGCCGCAAAUAUGCUGCCAUGGUCACAUGCAUGGAUGAAGCUGUGAAGAAUAUCACCUGGACCUUGAAGAAAUACGGCUACUAUGACAACAGCAUUAUUGUUUUCUCUACAGAUAAUGGAGGGCAGACGUUCUCUGGGGGAAGCAACUGGCCGUUGCGAGGCCGCAAAGGAACAUAUUGGGAGGGAGGAGUGCGUGGCAUUGGAUUUGUCCACAGUCCACUGAUUAAACGCAAGCGAAGGACCAGCAGGGCGCUCAUCCACAUAACUGACUGGUACCCAACCUUAGUGACUUUGGCUAGGGGCAAUGUGUCUGAAGCAGAUGGCUUGGAUGGCUAUAACGUGUGGCCAGCUAUCAGCGAGGGCAAAGAGUCACCCCGGACUGAAAUCCUGCACAACAUUGACCCUUUGUAUAAUCAUGCCAAAUAUGGCUCUUUAGAGAAUGGCUUUGGCAUCUGGAAUACAGCAGUGCAGGCCUCUUUACGGGUGGGAGACUGGAAACUUCUUACUGGAGAUCCUGGCUACAGUGACUGGAUCCCACCACAGACUCUAACCAACUUCCCGGGGAGUUGGUGGAACUUAGAGCGCCUGACAAACGGGAUGCGGCAGUCUGUCUGGCUUUUCAACAUUACAGCCGAUCCAUACGAGCGCCAUGAUCUGUCAGAUCAGCGUCCUGAUGUGGUCAGGGCCCUACUUCUUAGGCUGGUUAAUUACAACCAGACUGCCAUCCCUGUCAGAUACCCUGCGGAAAACCCACGAGCUCACCCUGACUUCAAUGGUGGUGCCUGGGGACCUUGGGCCACAGAAGAGGAUGAAAGAUGGGAAGUAGAGCAUGGAAAGCCAAAAAACAAAAAGAGGAAAAAGAAGUGCAAGAUCUGUAAGCUACGCUCCUUCUUCAAAAAGUUGAACACCAGGAUGAUGUCAAACCGCAUCUGAGAUGGGGCAGGCUGGGUUCUUGGCAAAAGUCAGGUUGGAAGAGAGCUGUUCCAAAAAAUAAAAUAAAAUGGAAGUAGGGGGAGAGAGCACUAGACCAUUCUCCUUUCUGUUCAACUUGGAGUGAAAUGAGAUGGACUAUCAGCUCUUCUUCCCCUAUUGUGAGAUAGGGAUAACCAAGUCUGCCUCUCCAUUCCACUUCGUCUUUCCCUCAAUUUCAGCACCAACAUUGCUGAUU